AUGGUCGAUAAAGGCGGUUGUGAGAAUCCGUUAGGAAUGGAAACAGGAGCGAUUCCCGACGAAGCUGUCACAGCCAGCUCAUCCUACGUUCCUAAUGUUGGCGCCAAAAAUGGAAGAGAGAGCUACAUGGAGACUUCGACUAGGGAUUAUCCGGAAUUUACACUCGACAUCAACCGUGCAUUAGCAUGCCACCAUUGGUUGACUCCAUUCGUGUACAGCCAAUCACAUGGUUGA